AUGAAGGGAAGUUGCUUACUGUGGCUGUGUGGGUUGGUGUGGAUUGUCCAAAGUGAGAUAUCCAACCAAUCCCUUGAGACCGCAUUGAACACGUCCAUCAGUGCUGGCGGGCAGCCCUUCAUUGUGGUCACCUACAACUUGUAUUGGUGGUGCGUGUCGGACGAGUACGGGAACUGUCCACAAAAUAAAGAUGGGAAGGGAUUCCAAAAGUUGUUUGCGCGAAUACAGCAGAACGGCCCGUUUGACCUUAUUGGCUUCCAAGAAUGCGAUGACGUAGGCAAAGUCAUCGGUGGGACCAGUUUAGCAGCCAGCUUCGAGUACUACACACCGAAGACAGGCAACGAUGCCCCGAUGGCAUGGCAACACUCUAAGUUCACUGCAAUCGAAGGGCCGGGCACGGACAAAUACGGAGACCGCCACAUGAACUGGGUUCGGCUCCAGGUCAUUGGCAGCAGUGCGACGAUCUUCUUUGCGAACACGCACGGCCCCUUAGAUCAGUGCGGUGGUGGACCUGGUGAAACAGUUGCCUCCAACUACGUCAAUGCGGUUUACAGCCACAAGAAGCCGGGCGAUCUGGUCGUCUUUACUGGCGACUUCAAUUGCGGCCAAAACCAAGACACAAUCAAGAAGCUAGCCCAGGCGUUCGAGCUUGAUGCCACAGACACGUCGUACAAUGGUGCCGACCACAUCUUCAGCAGCGAGGGUGUCAGAGUCUUGUGGAAGGGUUCCAGUCCCGGCUCGCCCUCCGACCACCAGCUCCUGAAGGCUGUUCUGGAAGCGUCUUCGCCAAGCCCUCCGAGCCCUCCGAGCCCUCCCCACCCAUCUGGCUGCCCGGUGCCACCAGACAAUGGGGGCUGCUGCACCAGCUGCAGCAGCAAUCACUAUUGCCCGAGCAACAAGGGUUGCUACUCCACUGGCGAAAGUGGCUGCAUUGGUGGCUACUGUCCUGCCCCGGCUGUAGAGCCUUGGUGCUGGCAGAGUGUGCUAUAA